GAUCAAUAUGGCUGACAUCAAACCACCGUUCACCGAGGAGUCGGCGAGAAAGAAGGUCAAAGCAGCACAGAAUUUGUGGAAUACCCAAGACCCAGUACGUGUUGCUCAAGCCUAUACACCAGAUUGCGUUUGGCGCAAUCGUACUUCAUUUUUCUCCGGGACGGAUAAUAUCACCUCUUUCUUAACUGCAAAAUGGAAACGUGAAGCAAAUUACAGGCUUCGGAAGGAGCUGUUUUCCUUCACUGACGACCGUAUUGCGGUGCAGUUCUGGUAUGAAUAUCAAGAUGUUGAAGAUGGGAUGCGCUGGAAGCGCUGCUACGGCCUCGAGGACUGGACCUUUGACCGAGAAACAGGAAAGAUGAGGAAAAGGAUGAUGAGUGGUAAUGACUUGGUCUUGGGACCUAAUGGGAACGGAGAAGGGAGGUGGUUUGUCGAUGGUGUUGAUGUUGAAGAUGUGGUGAUUAGUGAGGAACAUUGGUGA